AUGCUUCCCUUUGUUCAUAUGUCUCCAAUACUAAUGACAGGGACAAUGUACUGUGAUAGAAAGAGUGUCCGUUCUGAUGUAUGCAUUAUGAAAGGAGAUGUAAGAACAGAUUCCACAACCUCUUCAGUGUUCAUCUAUACAGGGAAUAGUACUAAUGGAGUAAUCAGUCAUGAUGAUCAUGUUUUAGGGCUGUCUGAUGAUGAUGAUAAUUUUGCUGUUGUUGAUGAUGAUGAAGUUGUUCAACAUGAAACAAUCAAGCCGUACACGCGAAAAUGGGAACGAGAUGUGAUGAGUACUGUCCAAGAACUGGACCUUUUGAUGAUCAAGAAAGGAAAUUCUUCAAAGAAGAGUUCUGAUUCUUGCCAUUGUGAUGUUCGACAUAAUGUCACUGCGCUAUUUUUCUCGACUUCUGGGUAUACUGGUAAUCUGUUUCACGAAUUCAAUGAUGGAAUUGUCCCUCUAUACAAUACUGCCCAACAUUUAAACAAGCAGGUAGUUUUUGUGAUUGUUGAUUACAAAGAAUGGUGGCCUAUUAGGUAUGGUGACAUUGUCAGGGAGCUUUCGAAUUACCCUGUUAUCGAUUUUAGUGGUGAUAACCGAACUCAUUGUUUCCCUGAAGCCAUUGUUGGAUUAAGAGUUCAUGAUGAUCUCACUAUUAAUCCUUCGUUGAUGGAAAAAGCUGGCAAUACUAAGGUGACUAUUGGACACUUCAGAGAGUUUCUGAGACGAGCUUAUUGGCCUCGAGUUCAGACUUUGAUUCAAGACGAAAAGCGAGAGGCUAAAAUCAGAUUGCGGGCACUGGCUAGAUCACUAAAUCAUUCUUCAUCAUCACUGGCUUUGUUAGCGGAGAUGCAGGCAAAGGACCCAAAGAACAAGGAUUCAAAGAAACCGAAGCUGGUCAUAAUGGCGCGAAUUAAUGGGUCGAGAGAGAUCAUUAAUCAAGAUGCAUUGGUGGAAAUGGCGGAGAAGAUUGGUUUCUCAGUGGAAGUAGUGUCCCCUAUCGAUACUACUGAGCUCGCGAUAGUUUAUCGAGCUGUGAGUUCGAAAGAUGUUAUGGUUGGAGUUCACGGCGCUGCCUUGACACAUUUCUUGUUCAUGCAGCCUGGCGGGGUUUUUAUCCAAAUCAUACCCCUUGGAAUGGAUUGGCUAUCACAGAAGUAUUUCGGAGGAUCAACAGUGAAAUUUGGACUCAAGUAUGUAGGUUACAAGAUCAGCCCUGAGGAGAGUUCAUUGUAUGAUAAAUAUGAUAAAAAUGAUCCAGUUCUGGUUGAUCCAGAUAGUGUGAUGAGAAGAUCAGGAUGGGAAGUACACAAGCAAGUGUAUCUUGCUCAUCAGAAUGUGAUGUUGAAUCUUCCCAGAUUCCGACCGCACUUACUUGAUGCAUACAACUAUAUUGUUUCUAAGAAGAAGAGAAGGCGUGGCCGACCUCGGCGACACCGAUCCAACUCCCCUUCAUAG